UAGGCAACGUUCCAGCCAGCUACGAAUAUGCUGAACCAAAUGAGCCCGUUUAUGCUGGACCAUCCAGCAAUGUGGAUAGGCAACUCAGCUUACAGAGAGUGCAAGCAGUUCGCGCAGUUAUGAAAGAGAAUAACGUCCAUGCCUUUAUUGUACCAACAGCAGACGCUCACAAUUCCCAAUAUAUAGCACCUAGCGACGCACGUCGUGAAUGGCUGUCUGGUCUCUCCGGGUCUUCUGGAACUGCUUUGGUGACGGAAAACUACGCUCUGGUCUGGACGGAUGGCAGAUAUUUUACUCAGUUUGAACUUCAAGUAGACACAUCGGUGUGGACGCUGAUGAGACAAGGCAUCGACUUGACCAUACAAAAUUGGCUCGUUACGAACUUGACCAGUCAGAACAGAGUGGGUGUCGACCCCACUACUUACACCCGUGCUUCAUGGAACACAUUGGAGGCAGCUCUCCGUCCUGGGAAUAUAGAACUCGUUCCGAUAUACAAUAAUAUCGUGGACGAAGCGAGAAGACGAAUCCAAGAUCCCCCCCCAGACAGACCGAAUGAACCGCUUCUAGCACUAUCCUCAAAUUACACAGGCAGAGUUUCGAGCGAGAAAAUAUCGGACUUAUUGAUACAAAUCCGCGCUCGGCGAGCUUCGGCUUUGGUGCUGACGGCCUUAGAUGACAUUGCAUAUACUUUAAACAUCCGUGGUUCCGAUAUUCCCUUCAACCCUGUCUUCUUCUCCUACCUUGUGAUAAGAGCAGACGUGGAAAUUAAUAAUACGAUCCUGUUUUGGGGCGAUGGCGAGUUACCAACGUACAUAGAAGAUCAUCUCGCAUCUGAAGGGACGCAGAUCCGAUGCUUACCUUACAUACAAAUAUUCGAUUACCUAAGGAAUUUGAGUAAUGAGUUACCAUCCGGGAGUACCAUUUGGCUGUCCAGUGAUGGCAGUCAAGCAGUACACGUUGCCGCGGAAACGAAUCCGGUCGUCUCUACGCUGUCUACAUUGUCACCAGUAGCGUUAAUGAAGUGCAUCAAAAAUGACGUCGAACUACGGGGUUUUAGGGCAUCACACAUAAGGGACGGAGUGGCUGUAAUUCGAUUUUUGCGUUGGAUACACGAAGAAGUCUCAAGCGGGAAAAACAUCACAGAAAUCAAUGUCGUUGAUAAGCUAGAUGAACUGAGAGGAGAAGAACAGUAUUACAAGGGCCCUUCGUUCGCGACAAUCGCUGGGGCUGGUGAAAAUGGCGCCAUAAUACACUACAAGCCGUCACGAGAGGGACCUCGAAGGGUGAUACGGACUGAUGACAUGUUACUCGUGGACUCCGGAGGACAAUAUAUGGAUGGUACCACUGAUAUAACACGCACACGGCAUAUGAGUUCGAAUCCAACUCCUGCGCAGAGAUUAGCAUUCACGAGGGUUUUGAAAGGUCAAAUCUUGCUCGCAACCGCAGUUUUUCCUAAAGGAUCAACGGGCAAUCUCCUUGAAACUCUAGCUCGCAAGGCUCUAUGGGACGUCGGAUUAAACUACGCCCAUGGCACAGGGCACGGUGUGGGGCACUUCCUGAAUGUACACGAAGGGCCGUCUGGUAUAGGAGCAGCUCUGAUGGCUAACGACCCUGGGAUUACCCCUGGGAUGAUAUUUAGUGAUGAACCUGGCUUCUACGAGGUGGGAGAGUACGGUAUUAGACACGAAGACAUAGUUGAGGUUAUCGAGAUGAGCCGAAAUGCAGACCACAUUUUCGCGGAUGGCUUAGUGGAUAACUUCAGUGGGAGGGGGGCGGUUGCCUUCUACACGAUAUCUCUGGCACCACACCAAACUGCAAGCUUAGAUGUGGAGUUGCUAAGUGAAGACGAGAUUAAAUACUUAAACAAUUACCACGCUCGAGUCCUGGCAACAUUGGGUCCAAUUCUCAAAGAAAGACAGUUAACAGAAGAUUAUGAAUGGCUAGAAAAAGAAUGCGCGCCAAUAUAUCGCAGCGCGGCCAUUUUGUUAAAAACAUCGCCAUUUUUAUUAAUAAUUAUGUACAGUCUGUUAAAAUUGUAAGAUUUUAAUAAAUGGUGUUAGUAACUA